UGCUGCUCGCGGAAGAUGGAGGAGAAGUACCAGGCGGCAGCGCGCCUCGACCUGGAGCAGCUCCUGCAGGCGGCCAGCGCGGAGCUCAAAUUCCUCGUCAUUCAGAACGCCGCCCUCUUCCAAGAAGCCUUUGAAAUYGUGGUACGGCACGCAAGAAACUUCACCAACACCAUGUUUAGGAACCACUACCAGAGUAUGGGACCCAGAGCUCUCAAGUUUGUUGGCGAGCUUUUCACUGAUAUCUCGCUGUACAUCUUGGGCUCGGACAUCAGCGUAAAUGACAUGAUAAAYGAGUUUUUUGACAGCUUAUUCCCUCUGGUCUACUCUCACUUGAUCAAUCCCGGCCUCUCCGAGCCUUCCACAGACACCACCGAAUGCCUGCGGGCAGCCAGGAGAGACCUCAAGGUCUUCGGCAACUACCCCAAGACGAUGAUGACRCAGGUGUCCAAGUCCCUGCAGGCCACGCGGGCCUUCCUGCAGGCCCUCAACCUGGGCAUCGAGGUGAUCAACACCACGGAGCACCUCAAGUUCAGCAAGGAGUGCGGCCGGGCGCUGCUCCGGCUCUGGUACUGCUCGCACUGCCGCGGGCUGCUCCUGGCCAGGCCUUGCGGCGGCUACUGCGGCGCCGUGGUGGGCGGCUGCCUCGCGGCCCUCCUGGAUGUCGAUGGCCACUGGCGGGAGUACAUCGGCUCCCUGGAGGCGCUCGCCAAGGGCAUGCGCGGCGCCUACGACAUGGAGCGCGUCCUGCUCCGCCUCUUCUCCUUGGUGCGCGACGCCGUGGCGCACGUGCUGAAGGACGGAGGGAAGCUCUCGGCAACCAUCAGCCGCCUGUGUGGCCACGCUCAGCAGAGGCGACAUCGCUCAGCUAAUUACCCUGAAGAGCUGCCUGAUUAUGAGAAGGUCCCCAGGGUGGCUCGCAGUGAGCGAGAAGAAACUCUGUCCGGCCGCAGGAGGGAACUCAUCGCGAAGCUGAAGUCGCACAGCGGGUUUUACAGCAGCUUGCCCGAGUACAUCUGCAGCCACAGCUCCGCCGUGCAGAACGACAGCCGCUGCUGGGACGGACAGGAGAUSGUGGACAGAUACGGUCCCCAAAUCCCAAGGAACGGAGCCAAAGCCCAGCCUGGCACCCACGAGGUGAAGAUGAGAGGUGCCGAGCCAGUCAUCAGCCAGAUCAUUGACAAGCUGAAACACAUCAACCAGCUGCUCCAAGGGAUGGCUUUGCCGCGCCGAAAAGCUCCGGGCAAAAGCAAYGAGGAGGAUGAGGAGGAAGCGAGCGGCGACUGCGACGACGAAGACGACUGCGACGGGGCCUCGGCACACGGGGAGCUGCGAGUGCGGAACCAGCUGCGGUUCUUAGCAGAACUGGUGUAUGACCUGGACAGCGAUGAUGCAUCUGCAAACACGCAGCUCCUGAACCAGCAAAGCCACGACGGUGCCGUGGUCCCCAGCAGCGACGCGGGCAGCCUGACCCGUCACCCAGGCCCUGCCACCGCCGCUGCCCUGGCCCUGCUGCACGUGCUGGGUCACCGGCUGUGACCGGCACCCACGGCACACGUGCUCCUCCGUGAGCCUCUUUCCACGCCUCUUUUUUAACGAGGAAAAGGUUCGGAACCUCUCUUGAAAUAUAUGCACAUUUCCAAAGACAGGGCAAACGACUUGGGUUGUUUUUAUAAAAUAAUACGAUGUCCUCACAAAAAGCAAAAAAAAAAAGAAAAGGCGAUUGUUUGUGGUAAGCCAGUCAAUACAAUACAGUGCUUUUUAAAGAUAAUCCUGUUUAAUACGAGAAGGUUGAUGUUAAAUUGUAUUCCCAGCAGAUUUUUGAAGACUGAGGUCUCCAUCGCUGUUAAYAUGAAAUGCAUAUUUCAUUCCGAGCUGUUUGAACGUGCAUGGGAUAAAGAACACCUACGGUUUAUUAAACACUCUCAGCAAGUAUCAGGCCCCUGUUCCUAGUUGACUUAAUGCAGAUCCUGUCUGUAGCUCAAGUGUUUUUUGUACUUACUCCAAAUUCGAGGCUCACCCCUAGGAAUGUGGCCAGGCACAAACUGGGGAAGACGUGUGAAGACAGGAGAAAGACGUACAGCGAGAGAGGAGAUGCCGUGGAAGAGGUUGUGCCCCUGGCAGGGCUCACCAAGCGCCAGGUACCCGCAGYGCUGCCACAACCAUCCCUAUCCACCACCCAGAUCCUUUGGGCACCAGGUCGACCCUCCUGCCUCUCCAAGCACAUGGCCAAGGGAUCUUGUGCGCAGGACCCACGUACUCCAKUUCCCAGGAAGGCAGGAGAUAGGAGGACCCAGGGCAGAGGAUGGAGGACAAGGUCCCUUCUGCGUUCGAUACUGCUGGUGUUUGGGCAUCUUUCCUCUGUUUGGACCCAGCCUAGGAGCCAGAUGGCCGCAGAUUAAAGAAUGAACCAGUCAAAACUGCUGCAGCUGCUGCCGGAGCAGGUUGUUUUCGGACAAGCUGUCUUGGAUGCAUUGGCUCCAAGGAUGGACGCGGGAUGGACAGGACUCCAAAGAGCUGUGCU